CGUGGCCACUUCACAAGUCAUCACAAUAAUCAUCUUCUUUCUCAACUCUUCUUGGUUUGGUGGUCUUUACACUGCUGCGCACAUUCGAACCCUAACCCUAAUCUUAUCUUCUUUCUCAAUCCAUGGACGCUCUCGAUUCAAACCCAAAUCUCCCUCCACUGCAUCCCUACGAUCCUUCACUGCAGAACCAUGCGCCAUCAGAGUAUCACAACCCGUCACAACACCAAUUGGAAACUGGACAAAACGAAAACGGUAACGGCUCCAGUGAUGGAAGACCAUCGGAGAAUGGUCAGGGAGCUUUGGAUAAUAACGGAUUGCAUCCUCAGCUUUCGAAGCCAUUGCUAUCUGAAGGAUUGACGCGGAGUGGCACUGACAGGGAUCAAUCUGGUGGUGAGGAGGAGACUACAAGCAAGCGCCGCCGCCGGAGCAGAUGGGAUCCGCAGCCUGAAUCGAAUGACCAGGGCGGCCAGAGCGGCGGGGAAUUGGGGUCUGGGCCAAAGAAGAGGAAGUCUCGUUGGGCUGACGACGAGCCCAAGCCGGUGAUUCAACUUCCUGAUUUCAUGGGCGGUAUUGAAUUCGAUCCCGAGAUUCAGGCUUUGAACAGUAGGCUUCUUGAGAUUAGUCGAAUGUUACAGUCAGGUUUACCUUUAGAUGAUCGCCCCGAAGGUGCUCGAUCUCCUUCACCUGAGCCGAUAUAUGAUAACAUGGGCAUUAGGAUUAACACUAGGGAAUACCGUGCGCGUGAGAGAUUGCAAAAGGAGAGGCAGGAAAUAAUAUCUCAGAUUAUAAAGAAGAACCCUGCCUUCAAGCCACCUGCAGAUUACAGGCCACCCAAGCUUCAGAAGAAGCUUUAUAUACCGAUGAAAGAAUACCCUGGUUACAAUUUCAUUGGGCUUAUUAUUGGUCCCAGAGGUAACACCCAGAAGCGGAUGGAGAAAGAAACUGGUGCUAAAAUUGUGAUUCGGGGUAAAGGAUCAGUGAAAGAGGGUAGGCUACAGCAGAAGAGGGAUUUGAAGCCUGACCCUUCGGAGAAUGAGGAUUUGCAUGUGUUGGUAGAGGCUGAGACGCCCGAGUCACUUGAGGCUGCUGCAGGUAUGGUGGAGAAGCUCUUGCAGCCCGUGGAUGAGGUAUUGAAUGAGCACAAGAGGCAACAGCUUAGGGAACUAGCUGCGUUGAAUGGUACGAUCAGGGAUGAGGAGUAUUGCAGGCUAUGUGGUGAACCAGGUCAUCGCCAAUAUGCAUGUCCUACUAGGACGUCUACUUUUAAGAGUGAAGUUGUCUGUAAACACUGUGGGGAUGGUGGUCAUCCAAGCAUAGAUUGUCCGGUGAAGGGUGCUACUGGGAAGAAGAUGGAUGAUGAGUAUCAGAAUUUCCUAGCAGAGUUGGGUGGUUCAGUUCCUGAAUCUGCAACAAAGCAAACCAGUACCUUGGCUAUUGGAGCAGGCACUUCUGGAAGCAAUCCUCCUUGGGCUAACAAUUCCGCUACGGCUGGUGGUUUGGCUCAAGCUGGCUUAGGGGCUGCUGCUGUUAAAAAGGAAAUUGAUGAUACAAAUUUGUACAUAGGAUACUUGCCGCCCAGCCUUGAUGAUGAUGGCCUAAUCCAAUUAUUUCAACAAUUUGGUGAGAUUGUCAUGGCAAAAGUGAUCAAGGAUCGAAUGUCGGGUUUAAGUAAAGGAUACGGUUUUGUGAAGUAUGCUGAUAUAACAAUGGCAAACAAUGCAAUAUUGGCCAUGAACGGUUAUCGCCUUGAGGGUCGAACAAUUGCAGUGAGAGUUGCUGGUAAGCCUCCUCAGCCUGUUGUGCCGCCUGGCCCACCGGCAUCUGCUGUGCCUACUUAUCCUGUUCCAAGCCAGCCACUCGGUGCUUAUCCGUCCCAACAGUAUGCUGCCGGUGGCCCCCUUGGGACUGCUCCUCCUGGGACUUACGGUGGUACCCCGGUGCCAUGGGGACCUCCUGUUCCUCCUCCAUAUGCUUCUUAUGCUCCUCCUCCACCUGGUUCAACCAUGUAUCCACCUAUGCAAGGUCAACCGAUGCCUCCAUAUGGGGUUCAAUAUCCUCCGCCUGUGCAGAGUGGUCCGCCUGGUGCCCCAUCCCAGCCUGCAACUUCUACUGAAGUGCAGCAGAGUUACCCACCCGGAGUGCAGUCUGACAGUAGUACCUCAACUCAGUCUGUAGCAGUCAAUGUAUAUGGUAACUCGCUACCAUCAAUGCCACCUGCAGCCCAACCUACUUAUCCUGCAUCUUAUGGAUAUCCACCUUACUAUAACGCAGUUCCUCCUCCACCUCCCCCUCCCGCCCCCAUUCCUGUUUCAACUUCAGACCAAUCCCACAACAUUGCAAAUGUGCCUUGGGCCAAUAAUUCUCUUGUUCCACCGCCUGCUUCAUCGGCAGACAAGACAGCAUAUGGUACAGAUCAAUCCCUUAGCAUUGGAAAUGUACCUAGGACCACAAAUCCUCCAGUGCCUCCUCCUCCUUCAUCAGCUGAGAAGACUUCAUAUGGUGCUGACUCAGAGUACGAGAAGUUCAUGGCAGAGAUGAAAUGAUUUUGUUCAAAUAGUCUUUCGGUUUCCAAAAGGCCUGAUGUUUCUUGGAGCUCUUGUGAACCUGAUUUCUUAACCUCUUGCCAUGUCUUUCUUCGAAGUUUGGGACUCACUUCUUUAACCUUGCUGUACUGUUAUGAAAUUUGCAGAGAUUUGGGCUAGAAGUUGAUAGCAGUCUUCAUACGGCAGAAGUCAAAAGCAUAUUAUAGUUAUGAUUUUUAUUAAUCAUUUCUUGUCGUGUAGGACUUAAUACUGUCUGAAUUAUUUUCUGUGGCAUUUUAUUGAUUUACACAGUAAUGUCUGGUUGCUAAUGUUUCCUUUUGAAAAUUUGUCUGAACUUUUAUGGCAGCUGGUUCCUGGUGUUUCAUAUUAAUACUGUUCGGUUGUCACAUUCAGUAUUUAAGAUAUUUAGUUUAUUGAUAACUGAUUCUAACUUAUAGUUUUGGUGAUGAGCUUAAAUUUUUUUGAGCACUAUAGUUCUCUAUAUGGCUUGGUGCUGAAGCUGCGUUUUAGAUGCCUUUAAUCAUACAUCUCUCUCAUCAUGAAGGUAAUCAAACCUUGCCAUUUGCUUUAGGCAUUCUGGGUUGGUAGAAAGAGAUUUUUAUUAAAUGGUUUGAUCAUGCAACUAUAAAAUGUAUUUAACAUUUCCAAGUGUGACAGGUAAAAAGAGUUGAAACGUUUUUCUGUUCCUGGCAUGAAUAAUGUCAGACAUUGGCAUUGUUACAUUUUGCGUCAAAUUAAAAGUUUAGCUGACAUGGUGUUAUCAACACCAAGUUCUUGUAUCAUGACACAGGCAAUUAUCAAGUUUCUCAUUUGUUUCUGAAGUGAUCAUGUGGGCCAGUUGACACGGCCAAUUUUAUUUGGCAUAAGGUGAAGGCUGAGGUGAAAAUGAUAGUGUUUGAGUUGUCUGCACAUGCUUCGUUUAGCUCUGUUGCUGGGCGAAGAUAGAGUAAAUGAUCAAAGAAUUGGAAUUGUAGAAAUUUUCUAUAUUUUGCUGCUUCAUAUCGCCUUUUUGAAUUAGAACAUCUUUGUAUUGUCACUAGGGAUAUAUAAAGUUUUCUAAUUCAACUA